CAGAGCUGCUUUUAGCAUUCUGUUCAGUAGAAGUAUCCCAGGAGAGACAAAACCACAAAAAAUAAGGACUCGAAAAGGAAGUCAGCUGAGAUCAUCAGCAGCAGUAUUCCUUCAGUGACUCUGCAAUGCUGCUUCGCUCAGGCCGCAGAAAGCCGUAUCAAAUGCCUCUCUGUAGAAGGCAGUCUGUGGAGAAACAAUUUCUGCUUACAAACAUGAGAUCACCUCCUGGAAACCCAGGUAACUCUUACCUGAGUGAUAAGACAGUGUUUAGCCUGCAGCAAAUAGUGAAAUGUUAUAUACUAACUGAAGAUUCAAAAACAGUGCAUUUUGAUAUAGAUGAAGAUGGUCAUCAUGAAAUAUCUACCAAGGAUUCACAAUCCCAUGAAGAUAUUGCGUGGUUAAGCGUGUUCACAAGCAAUGAAGCAGCAGUUACUGAUAAGCGUCUUGUGGGAAAAAAAGGUGUUGAAGUACCAGAACAGUACAGUACAGUUACAGUACCAGAGUCUCCAAAUUUGGUGAUCCUCAGGCAGAGAUCAAAGCUUAACGAAUUUGUCCAGUUGUGCACGGGUAAGAAGCAUCUCUCUCUGAAGGUUGUAAGGUGUCCUUCAGUGGAGGAAAGCAAUAUGAAAACAUACAGCCAUGAAGAUCCUGACUUUAAACAGCUGAGUGAAGAUAAUUACUUUUUCAUCAUGCAUGACCAAGGAGAUUCAGUGCAGUUCCAAUGCUAUGAAGACAGAAGUUACUAUCUGUAUGUGAAUGAUGACUCACUUGAUAUUCGCAAGCUGGAAAACAAAGAGCCCAACGAGGACAAAAAUUUUUACUUCAGGGUGUCAUAUUUACAGGAAAAGUAACUUGUCUACCUUUCAGUGGCCUAAGUGUCCAUACAGCUCCUAAGAAGAUGAAGAAGUUUAAGAUCAACUAAUUUCUGUUUGAGCUAAAUUCUAAUGUUUUCAUAAUUUCUAAGUCACCAAUGUCCUUUAUUUCUGUACAUUCAAUAGCAAAAAAGGAAGGUCAAGUUGAAAAACAUACUAACUCAGUUAGUUAGUAUAUGAGUCUCUGUGUCCUACGUACACAAUUAUGUUUUUAAGGAAACAAAAUAGCCUGGUGUGGGAAAAUAUACAGGGGAUAUUUCAAAGAUGGCAACAAUAAGGAACAUAUAUGAAUAUGAUCAUAAAAUGUGCCAUUAGUUCUUCAUGUAGUAAACAUUUUACUAUUUUAAAACUGUCUCUUGUAAGCUCACCUGAAUGUGACAAGAAAAGUUUUAGAAGUUGUUAAAUGCCUAUGUGCAUAUCCUGACUGACUUGGAGAAAGAGGUAGAAAAGGUGUCUUGAGUCUAUCUGAGAACAAGGGAAGAUGGUGAAAGCUAGAAGAUGUCUCUGCACCUGUAGCUCCAAGUCAGCCCAUGUAGUCCAUGCAAUUUCAGCAUCUCUCCAGCGUGGCAGCUCUCUUAGAAAAUGUACACAGAGCAUCAGAUGCACAGUGUGCAGACAGAGAGAGGGAGACACAUUGAACCGAUGGGCCAUAACAGAUGCCUGCAAACACAGCAGAAAAUUGCUCUGACAUUGGCUUCUACUUCUGAGUCAUUGAGGCAAAUGCAAUCACAUGUUCAAUUGCAAAGCACAGUGAAGAACAACAUCAGAAAAAUAAUAAUGUUCAAAAUGACUGAAUAAAAUAAACGGGGUGCUUAUGGGGGUUACACUGGAGGAGACAUAAGAGUACCUACCUUUGACCAACAGGGUCUAUAAGUGUCAAAUGGAAGAUGUAGAUAUUUAAAUGUCCAUAGACUAUACCCUGCAAAGCAUAACCUAUUUGAAAUACAUGAGAAGACAACCCAAAUGUUGUCAGGAUCACUAGGUGUUAAAGAUCUGGUUUUCAUUGCUGUACAUGGAAUUCCACUCUGGUUUAGUGGCAACUUUCUGUGAUGCAAGUAAUUUGAGACUGUACGUGUAUAAAUGAGAGACAUGAUGCACCUAUGCCAAGAGACUGCUGCCUAGUUGCAACAAAAACAGCCUACAAGAUAACACAACACUUGCAAGAAUAGUCCUGUGUAAAUAUAAUAAACAACGCACACCUGAAAUAGGAAUCUUAUUGUCAGUUGGUCAUACCAAUACACAUUGAAAUAAGGCAAUUUUCUGCUAAACUAAACUCCAAAGGUCUGUGAGACCAUAAAAGAUUUCACAGCUUGCUUGUGGUAUUCUUCAAAUAGCGAAAAUCUUUAGAGUGCUUAUCAUGCUCAUUGAAGACAGCUUUUAAGUAUUUUUAAAAUAAUACCUACAACUUCUGGACCUGCCAAGAGUUCAAUAAAGUUAGCGUGAAGAAAAAACCCCAAACUCUAGAUAUUAAUUUCAGCAUUUAUAACACUAGAAUCAAGUUAUUUCAGCACAACUUAAGAUGUUGUACAAGAAAUAGAUUCAGUCAUGCAGUAAGUACAUUAGUUUCACUAUCUGAUACAUAAACACUUCAUAAUCAUAUAUGUAUUACUGGUAGUGUAAUCACCUCACUAAAUUACAAAAUGGGCUAGACGGAAAGCUGACGAAAAGAUGACAAGUCACCAUAAAGCUUGUACAAAGCAUAUAAAUUGUUGCCAUGAGAUUUUCCUAGUUUGCUGAGCGUUCAUACUAAAGUAGAAGUGUGCACCUUCUCACGCUUAUUUCAUGUAAACAAGGAGAGUGUAUUUGUAAAUAUUAUCAUUGUUUCACAUUCUUAUCCUUGGAGUGGAAUGACUGUGUGACAGUCCCUUUGACCAAUGUGGUUGAGAGGUGGGAAUACCAGUCUCCAAUCCAUGGUCCCCUUGCUAAAAGUAUAUAAUAGGAAGUAAUAAACAAAGCAGGGAUUCUGCCCUGCUGCUUUCUGCUCUCCCAAAUUCCUGACUCCAUGUGUCUUUUCGAGUGAGGCUCACAACGACAAUAAAUAAAAUAAGCAUUGCUGAUAUCACCACAAAAGUAACAUUUACCUCAGUUAAAUUUGAAUACGUUUUAUGGUUAAAAUUUAAAUUAUGAUUAUAUGCAGAAUUUUGUACUUUUACUGUCUGCCAUCUUAAUUUUUUUUUAAUUUAAGGGAAAAUAAGCCCUUAUGAAAAACAGUUGUUAUGGUUUAUGGACGGCAUGGAAUAAUGACAUGACUCUCGGCGUGAUGCAAAGAUGAGAGCAAUCUUUAUUCUUCUAAAUCUUCCUUUUAUACAGUAUUUCGGUACAGUGAAUAUGAUUGGUCAUUCAGAGCCUACACCUCUUGUAAAUAACUUUGCCAGUAAACGUGUUUGAAAAAACACCACCUGCUGAUGGUUUUCACUUCCCAAGGAUUGCUAUGGUUUCCGCCUUAAGAUUUUCCCAGGCCAGAAUGAGAAAGUUGCUCACUUGUCUUUCACACAGACUCGAGCAGUGCCUGAAGCCUAAAAUCUGACCACUGUCAAUACCCACAGAAAGCAGCAGUGGUAAUUUUGUAAAAUUUCAGAUUUCAUAUAUAAGAUAACAUCAAUUGACGUCUUUUCUCAUAAAACACAGUAAAAUCAGAUAACUUUCUCAAUGUACAUAGUAAAGCAAGUUUAAAAAAAACUCUAUCCUAAUCUUUGGAGUCUUAUUUUGACCAUAAAAUCCCUUCAAAUGGGCAUUUUCCAAUUCCCAUCUAAGUGUCUUAUGAGUGGCAGAUAAGUUUUCAUUAUGUGAGGUGGAAAUCAUAUAGAAAUGUUAUUUUAAAUUAGAAAAUGAAAGCCAGUUAGUCUUUUAGAAAAAUAUAGUUUCUAUUACUUUGUAAUUAAAAAAAUCCAAUGUGUCCAACAUCUGAAUGUGAAAUAUUAGUAUUUUGCUGUCAAAACCAACAAUGAUAUUCUUUAACUUUCACUUAACAGAUGUGAUAAUUAUAAAAGUAAUAAUGUAGAUAUUUGCUCUUGUAUUUCUGCCCCUCUAAAGCUUUGCCUUAAAGAAAGUACUGCAUUUUGUUUGCUUAGACCAAUGUAAUGCAAGUGUUCUUUAUAUAUAUACCUUCUAGUAUUUUGACCAUAUUUGUGUCUUUCUACAAUAAAACCUGU